AUGGAAUCCCUUGCCCUCGCCUGCGUCAAUGGCCCGCCCGUGACCGGACCGAGAGCAUGUUAUCUCGCUGCGCCUCGCGAUCCCCCCACUGCGGCGCCCUGCCCCGUGCUGACGCCGCGGGCGCGGGCGGCUCAGCCCGCCGGGAAGGCGGGCUUUCCCCCCGCCGCGCGGACCGGCGCGCUCAGUGUGUCUCCAUCGCGGCCGCGGCGUGAGUGCCUCCCCCAUCUCCUCGUCGAUACCCAAAGAGUGCUCUUGCUUGCUAAAGGCACAGGCAUACACAAAUCUUUCAUCGUGCCAUUGUUUGUUCUGCAAGCACCUAGCACUGUAAUCUCAUGGAUCAAGAGUGAAUAUGGGAUGUGGACUGCUUUUCUUGCGCUUGCAGUGCGUUUGUUCUUACCCUUUCCAGGUGACCUAGAGCUUCCGCAGUCAACAAUGCUGGCGGUCAGCGUUGCUCCUUACCAGGUGAUGAAUGUGAGGUAUGUAACAUGCUCGCCAUUUCGGAAGACAUUAGCUAUACUGCUGCAUAUGUCUUUGAUAAUUCAUCCGCUUGGUCAAUUGUCCACUAAAUGUGAAGUGGCUAAAAAGAAAGGAAAUUAACAUGUAGAAGAAGUUGAAGAACUGUUAAGCAGAGAAUUCAUUGCCUAGCUUAACCAGUGCAACGUGAAUAAGGAUUAAGAGGAUCUAGCUUAAUCCAUGUGUAUGGUAGCAGAUCAUAUACUUUGCUUUUUUCAAUUUUCUAAAUUACAGUUUCACCCCUAGCCUCAUUUGCGGGUAAAAUGUUAUAGUUUGCGCAAGCAACAGAUGUAGAUAAUCUUUUGUAGGGCGUGAGUUACUGGAUAGACAUCUAAUAAAAAGAGGCAUCUUCUUUCGGCUCGAUACAGAAUAUAUCAGUGCUAUUGGGUGCUCUUUGGUACUACAAUUGCCUCACCCACUCUACAAAAACAUGAGUGUAUAUGGUCUUUUGUUCUUCACUAUUACUUUAUUAAGGCUGCAAAUUUGUGAUAUGUACAGAUGAAAACACAUACUGCGACAUAAUUGAUCCAUCUGACGAUUCAGUGUUCCCUGUUCUUUUUGUGUGAACUCCAGCCAGAAAUAUUUAGCCGGGGUAUUUUUUGCCACUUAUUGUCUGUUACGGAGAGUUGGUGUUUCUAGACACAAAAUAUUUUGUUUACUGGUUUAUACCAUGGGUCAGUUCAAUCUCAGGUUAAAUUAGUCAGUGUUGAUCAAUAAUGAAAUGUAGCCAUUGGUUGAUUGAUCAUUGAUGGUACAGAUGUGCAAAGCACCCUAGCCUCAUUUGCGGGUAAAAUGUUAUAGUUUGCGCAAGCAACAGAUGUAGAUAAUCUUUUGUAGGGCGUGAGUUACUGGAUAGACAUCUAAUAAAAAGAGGCAUCUUCUUUCGGCUCGAUACAGAAUAUAUCAGUGCUAUUGGGUGCUCUUUGGUACUACAAUUGCCUCACCCACUCUACAAAAACUUGAGUGUAUAUGGUCUUUUGUUCUUCACUAUUACUUUAAUAAGGCUGCAAAUUUGUGAUAUGUACAGAUGAAAACACAUACUGCGACAUAAUUGACCCAUCUGACGAUUCAGUGUUCCCUGUUCUUUUUGUGUGAACUCCAGCCAGAAAUAUUUAGCCGGGGUAUUUUUUGCCACUUAUUGUCUGUUACGGAGAGUUGGUGUUUCUAGACACAAAAUAUUUUGUUUACUGGUUUAUACCAUGGGUCAGUUCAAUCUCAGGUUAAAUUAGUCAGUGUUGAUCAAUAAUGAAAUGUAGCCAUUGGUUGAUUGAUCAUUGAUGGUACAGAUGUGCAAA